CCUUUUGGUAAACUUCGCCACCUGUCGGUGAUUUUGUUUCGAAGUCGCAUGUUGAUGUUUUAGUGAUAAACUAAUCUUGCCGUGGUGUGUUAAGAUGUAAAUGUUCUGUGCAUUUAAGACUUCAGUUUGUUGAUUACAAUAUGUUGCGCUCAGCACUGCAUGCUGGGAAGGAUGUGUGUACCCGACUUCUACAGCCAGGUAUUUCGGGAUCAUCCAGUAUCAACCUGCAACAAACGAGAAGCACGGUGAUCGUGGAGAGGAUGUAUCCUGUUCUACUCGCUAAGAAAGGUCACGCUCCGAGACUCAAGAACAGAAACCGUGUGUUGCGAUUUGUCGAGAGAGUCCACAACAAAAAGUUACCACCAAUCACAUGCAUUCUUACAGAUUAUGUUGAAGGUGUUGGGGUGGAGGGUGACGUGGUUGAGGUUAAGAGAGGUGUUUUCAGAAGUCAUCUUCAACCGGCUGGUCUUGCUGUGUAUGCCUCUCCAGAAAGUCUGCAGCACUUCAAAGAGAAAAUGAAGGAUGAAGCCGUUGAUGAAGGUCCAAAGCUGACAGCAUUCGCCAAGAUGACUAUGAAACAGUUGGAGGGAAUGUUUCUCCGAGUCCCAAUGAGUGGUGAUAAUCCGUGGAUAUUAGACAAAUCUCAUGUCCGAAUCGCUUUCCGGCGGUCGGGUGUCAUGUUGAGUGAAGACUGUUUAACGCUGCCUGGUGAACCAAUCACUGAGCCCCAAAAUAUUGAAGUUUCAAUAAAGGUGAACCAGCUGUGGGAGGUGAAGGUCAAAGGUCGAGUGUAUCACGUGUACAAAGACCCAACGAAGAACGAGUUUCAUGAGUUACCUCCCCUGUGGAAGCCAACCAUUCGUACCAAACGACAGCAGAGACUUGAUUAAUUAUGAACAUUUGUGAAUAAAUCAUGAAAAAUGUAA